UACUUGCAGGUGUGCUUCUUGUGUUGGUAUAUAACACCCAUUUGCAUAGGCAGAGUCUAUAUUCUUAUUUCUCCUCACACUCAGAAUUACAUAGAAAAAACAUUUCCUUAAAGGAAAUUUUAACUUGAUUUUGGGAGGAUCCAGAAGAGAUAGUGACUCUAUACACUAGUGCUAUUUACCCUACCAUGGAUUCUUCUUCUUCUUCAUCUUCAUCAACUCGCCACUACAACUACGAUGUCUUCCCAAGCUUCUCCGGUCAAGAUGUCCGCAGAACUUUUCUCAGCCACUUUCUUGAAGCUUUGAAAAGCAAGGGAAUCAAAACAUUCAUAGAUAAUGGGAUCAUAAGAAGCGAGUCUAUCAACUCUGAGCUCAUAAGAGCUAUCAGGGAAUCAAGGAUUGCUGUCGUGAUCCUAUCUAAGAACUAUGCUUCUUCGAGCUGGUGUCUAAACGAGUUGCAGCUGAUCAUGGAGUGCACGGUUUCUUUAGGCCAAACUGUGAUGACAGUCUUUUACGAUGUGGAACCAUCUGAUGUUAGAAAGCAGACUGGAGAUUUUGGAAAGGCCUUUAAAGAAACUUGUUACCGGAAGACAGAGGAAGAGAAGAAGAAAUGGAGUGAAGCUUUAUCUCAAGUUGCAGUUAUUGCCGGAGAACAUUCUGUUUCAUGGGCUGGUGAGGCUGAGAUGAUCUCGAAAAUCGUCAUCGAUGUAUCUAAUGAGUUACCAUCAACGGAUUUCGAUCAGUUAGUUGGAGUUGAAGCUCAUCUAGAAAAGAUGAGAUCGGUCAUAUGCUUAGACUCCGACGAGGUGAAGAUUGUGGGGAUCUGGGGUCCUGAUGGUAUUGGCAAAAGCACCAUAGUAAGAGCUUUAUACAACAACAUUUCCAGCAACUUCCAACUUAAGUUUUAUAGGGAGAGAGGUCCAACUAACUCGAUGGGAUUACUAUCGGAAGUGCUAUCUGGAAUGUUAGAUCAUAGAGACAUGAAGAUACUUGACCUGCAAGACGCGCAAUAUAGGUUAACGCGCCAGAGAGUACUUCUUGUUCUUGAUGAUGUCGCUUCCCAGCAUCUACAAGUUUUGCAAAAUCUAUUUCGGAGUCUUUUAUUCGGAAGUAAGGUGAUUGUGGUGAAUAAAGAUAUAGAAACAUUUACUCAUAAUGGUAUAGAGCAGAUAUACAAAGUUCCUUACCCAUCGAGCGAAGAGGCUCUACAGAUCUUUUCAUACUCUGCGUUUGGGCAAAGCUCUCCGCCCAGAGGAUACUUUAAGCAUGCUGUUGAAGUAUCUAAGCUUAUUGCACCUUUUCCACUUGGUCUUAAGGUCUUGGGUUCGGCUCUACGUGGGAAGAGCGAAGAGGAGUGGACAACGGCACCGGCUAAACUCAGAGCCUAUCUUGGGGAUAAGGAUAUUGAGAAAACAAUUAGAUUUGCUGUCGAUGGCUUAUCUGAGAAACAUAAAAAUUUGUAUUUUUCAUUAACUUCAGCUAGUAACCGGGGUAAGAACCUGAAGGACUCCAUAUACUUGCUAGCCAAGGGAGACGACUGGGACGUGGAGAAAGAAAUACAAACCCUAGCUGACAUGGCUCUCAUCUAUAUAUCUAGUGAAGGAGAAAUCAUGAUGCACGAUUUGGUACAUUUAAUGUGUAUAAGGUUACGUUGGUGGUCCAUUUAAGUAAUCGAAAAAUUUAAAACGUUUUCCUGUUAAUACGUUCCCGUAAACAAAUUUUGUUGAAUGUACACAUGUUUUAGGGCGUUGGUUCGUAACAUAUUUCUUCUGUAUCAAUGUACAUAAAUUAACCUUUCGUUGUAAAAAAAAUGUACAUAA